GGCGGUUAUAUAAAAAGAAUGUUUCUGCCUGGGCACGUUGCAUUUCGUGGAUGUACUUUGAAAAAUGCUAAUGGUAAAUAUCCUGUGGAUCGGUCUUUGGAUCGUUCCUCAGGCAUUUGCCACGGAUUCUUGUGCAGGACAAUCGUUUGGAUAUAGAUCAGUGGACCCAGCAGAUCCUCACUCGUAUUUCCUCUGCCUGGGCUUCCUCGGACAGAUAAAAAACACCUGCCCGGAGGGACUGCGGUUCAAUGUCCACGACCAAAGCUGCGUGCAUGGCGGCAAGCCAAGUCCUGGCAGUUCCAUUGCAGACAAGGAUACCACCAUCCACCAGAACGUAUUCAUUGACAGGCCGCUAAUAUUCAACUUCUUCGGUAACCUGUGGGGCUCUCCGUCACCUUCGCAGUCCCAGCCGCAACUCCCGAUCUCCACCGAUCAGCAUCAAGGCGCGUUACCUAGUGAAAGUUUGUCAGCCUUACGCGAAGUUAUUUCUCCAACUCAGGAGAACAAUCCCGGCACUGAUGAGACACCAUCUACAUCGACUAGAGUUGAAUCGAGAUGCCGCUUUUUACCCAACGGCGCCUACAUAAGGGACUUAAAGAAAUGCGGAGUAUUCUACGUGUGUGCCAACGGGAACGCAAUUACUCGAUGCUGCCCAGAGGGUCUCUAUUUCGACGUCGAGAAAAGUCUUUGCAACUUCCCAAGCAUGGUCGACUGCUCUGAGGAAUUACCUACUUUACCUACUGUACCAUUACCUACUUUACCACCCCCACCUGAGAGAACGACAAAGGCAUCCUCCACGCAACCGUCCUCCACGGAACCCUCAUCCACGUCCUCGUCCUCGUCCACGGAUCCUUCUGCGGAAAGUUCAACGGAGCCAAGUGACUCCAGCUCUGAAGAACCCUCCUCCACGGAGCCAUCUCCGGAAAGUUCCACGAAGGCAAAUGACUCCAGUUCUGAAGAUCCAUCCUCCACAGAGCCAUCUCCGGAGAGUUCAACGGAGCCAAGUGACUCCAGCUCUGAAGAACCAUCCUCCACGGAACCUUCAUCCACGGAACCUUCCCCUGAAAGUUCCACGGAGCCAAAUAAUUCCAGUUCUGAAGAACCAUCCUCCAGGGAGCCAUCUCCGGAAAGUUCAACGGAGCCAAAUAACUCCAGCUCUGAAGAACCAUCCGCCACGGAGCCAUCUCCGGAAAGUUCAACGGAGCCAAAUAAUUCCAGCUCUGAAGAUCCAUCCUCCACGGAGCCAUCUGCGGAGAGUUCAACGGAGCCAAAUAAUUCCAGCUCUGAAGAACCAUCCUCCACGGAGCCAUCUCCGGAAAGUUCAACGGAGCCAAAUAAUUCCAGUUCUGAAGUACCAUCCUCCACGGAACAUUCUCCGGAAAGUUCAACGGAGCCAAAUAAUUCCAGCUCUGAAGAACCAUCCUCCACGGAGCCAUCUGCGGAGAGUUCAACGGAGCCAAAUAGUUCCAGCUCUGAAGAACCAUCCUCCACAGAGCCAUCUGCGGAGAGUUCAACGGAGCCAAAUAGUUCCAGCUCUGAAGAACCAUCCUCCACAGAGCCAUCUGCGGAGAGUUCAACGGAGCCAAAUAGUUCCAGCUCUGAAGAACCAUCCUCCACGGAGCCAUCUCCGGAAAGUUCAACGGAGCCAAAUAAUUCCAGUUCUGAAGAACCAUCCUCCACGGAACCCUCAUCCACGGAACCAUCCUCCACAGAGCCAUCUCCGGAGAGUUCAACGGAGCCAAAUAAUUCCAGUUCUGAAGAACCAUCCUCCAGGGAACCAUCCUCCACGGAACCCUCAUCCACGGAACCUUCCCCUGAAAGUUCCACGGAGGCAAAUGACUCCAGUUCUGAGGAACCAUCCUCCACAGAGCCUUCUCCGGAAAGUUCAACGGAGCCAAAUGACUCCAGUUCUGAGGAACCAUCCUCCACAGAGCCAUCUCCGGAGAGUUCAACGGAGCCAAGUGACUCCAGCUCUGAAGAACCCUCCUCCACGGAGCCACCUCCGGAGAGCUCAACGGAGCCAAAUAAUUCCAGUUCUGAAGUACCAUCCUCCACGGAACCCUCAUCCACGGAACCUUCUCCGGAAAGUUCAACCGAGCCAAAUAAUUCCAGCUCUGAAGAACCAUCCUCUACGGAGCCAUCUGCGGAGAGUUCAACGGAGCCAAAUAGUGCCAGCUCUGAAGAACUAUUCUCCGCGGAAUCUUCUACGAAAAGUUCAUCCGAGCAAAUUACUCAAAUAAGCUCAUCUAACGAAAAAUCAGCGGAAAGCUCUUUAGUAAUCGAAGCGGCACCAUCGUUGCCCGUCCGUAGACCAACCGAACCUAUUUCGUUGUCUAACCGUCCAGUUAUUGAUGGCUCCAAGACCGAGACACUGAAUUCGGCGGGAAUUGAACAGUCGCAAUAUGACCGCGUACUAGGCACAACCUCAGAGAGUUCUUCGAAAUUCCAGGCAAGAACAGAUUGCAGUUUCUUCCCAACUGGAACAUACUUAAGGGAUCCCACGUCUUGCAACAAAUUCUUCGUGUGUGCCUAUGGAAAAGCCAUUCCCCGUCGCUGUCCCAGUAUUCUCAACUUUGACAUUAGGAAGAAGGUCUGCAAUUUCCCCAGCCUCGUGGAUUGCUCUAUUGAUGAUGUUCAAGUCUCCGUCCUCAAGAAGCUCUCGGAGCAUGCGGCUCGCCUGCCGGAGUCAUCAACCGUGAAGAAAGUGGAACAGAAGUCGAUCUUUGACUGCACAUCGCUUCCCAACGGUGAACAUGUGCGAGAUCUGAACUCGUGCAGCAAAUUUUAUGUCUGUGCCAACGGUCGCUCCAUUCCCCGUCAAUGUCCGAAGGGUCUGAACUUCGAUAUUACAAGGAAGGUUUGCAAUUUCCCCAGUCGCGUGGAUUGCUCGAUAGUCGAGUCUAAGGCUUCAAAGGGCAGAAGGCAAGGUGGCCAGAAAGUAGCUCAAAGUCAGGCAGGAAAGGGAUUACCAGUGAGGUAUUACAAAUAGAGAGCUGAUCUUUGAUCUUUAUAUUUUACAGUAUUAUUAUAGGAACAUGGUAAAAGGGUAUCAACAUAGGGUUUAUGGCUAUUCAUAUAUUUGCUGAGUGGGUUGCUGACAUAUACACAAAACGUACGUACCUCUCCGAUCUGUCCAGUUGCAGGAAGUGUUUAAGUUGAAUUCUCAUUUCGACUAUGAUAUAUUCAACGAAUAAACGACCUAUAAACGAA